AUGGGUUUGCUGACGGAUCCCCGAGCUGGAACUGGUAAAAUCAUCAAAUUGAUAUUACAAUGGGAGAAGCCACUGUGCUUCGUGUUAUACGUGGGUGGACUUGUGUGGUUGAUGCUCUUGGCGUUACCGGCAUUUAACGACGGUACCUAUUUUUCGGAGAACGCUCUGUUGCCCGGGCUAGUCACGAAAGAGAGUAAUCUGGAGCAUACGUCAAAGCAAUACUAUCAUGAAUUGGUCCACGAGAUGAAGCGGUAUCCAGAUGGCAUGCCUUACGCAUGGCUUUCGGCGAAGUUUAGCCAGCUUCAUUUAGAUGUGUUCACGCAUAACUUCUCCCUAAUUUAUCCAUUCCAAGAACAAAAGUUUACAGGCCAGAAUGUUUAUGGCAUUGUUAGAGCUCCACGAGCAUCCAGUACUGAGGCUAUCGUAGUCAGUGUACCUUAUAGACCUAUCAACAGUAUUUAUUUAGAUACGGCCCCUUCGGUAGCGCUUCUAUUGGCGUUUGCCAAGUUUUGUAGAAAACAAAAGUAUUGGGCGAAGGAUAUAAUAUUUCUUGUGACGGAACACGAGCAGUUAGGCAUGCAGGCAUGGUUGGAUGCGUAUCAUGGCGUUACUAGUGGUCAAGAGGGAGUAUUAAUGGCAGGAGAUUUAUCGGGAAGGGCUGGAUCCAUUCAAGCUGCGAUCAAUCUCGAGUUCCACGCGUUGAAAAUCGCAUCGAUUGAUGUCAAGAUAGAAGGACUGAACGGGCAACUGCCGAAUUUAGAUCUCUUUAAUUUAGCGCAAAAUAUGAUAGCGAAAGAAGGAAUUCGACAGUCUUUCCAGCGUCGAUUUGACGUUAAUUACAGAGAUAAAAUCAAAAGCUGGUGGUAUCAUUUUAAUACAUUAAUGAGCAUGAUAGCGACGCAAGCCACUGGGAUUCCAACUGGUAACCAUGGACUCUUUCACAGAUUUGGCAUAGAAGCGAUUACGUUAGAAGGCUUCGAGAAAUCUGGGAAAGAGACAGAAGCAAAUUUUUAUCAGAUAGGACGCGUAGUAGAGAGUAUAGUGCGAUCACUCAAUAAUUUAUUGGAGCGUUUCCAUCAGUCGUAUUUCUUCUAUCUGUUGCCUUCUACUGAUCGCUACAUUUCUAUUGGAUUAUACAUGCGGCCUUUGGUGCUAAUAAUCGCUAGUGUAUUUAUAAAGGCAUUUUCUAUCUGGCAAAGAUUGCAGACAUCGACCACCAGCUCAAACGAAACGAAAACAAAUAAACAUAAUUCGUCGAAUGUGGUUGAAGAACUCGACAUUGGAAGCAUCGCGUCUGAAGUGUUAUGGGCGCACAUGUUUGGAGUACUAGUAAUGGCGUCUCCUCGUUUGUUCACUAUGCUCGGGUCGACGAUGUUUAAUUUACGUACGGAGGACUCGCUGUACGCCAGUUUCGCCUUUAUCACGAUCCUCACGUUGUUGUGGCGUUGUUGUUGGAGGAGGUCGACCAAAUACGAAACUGUAUCGCUCGUCUGCGUUAUCGCAUCGAUCGAAUUGGCCACUGCGUUGAUGUGCGUGGCCAUGCACAAUUUCUCGCUAGCGUUAUUAACAGCGGUUGUAUAUGUACCGGUUAUCCUUCUGAUAAUGCCGCAUCGCGGCUCCGCGUCCAGAUUCCGCAAUUUCCAGUACAUCGCUUGGAUCGCGUUACAUCCGUUCGUCACGGCGGCGAUCGUCGUGAUGGGCUACACGUAUCUGAACUUCCCUAACGAUACCGCGAUAUCUUUGCUUCUCAGGGGUUAUCGCGCCAACAAGCAAGCGCUCGUGUUCACCGUCAUCGACUCCAUGGUUUACGGCAAUUGGUUCUACAACGUCACCACCGCCGUUAUGAUGCCGAUAUGGUUGUUGUUUUGGAACGUUAUGCAUUCCAGUGCGGCGAUGCCUUCGCAAUAAAACGAGAUUGCACAACUCA